AUGACAACAGGUUGUAUUGAGGCCAGCAGCGCAGCCUUGGCCGAGUGUCCAGGCUCGAGUCCCGGCAACAGACUCGGCUGUUGGCCGCUCGCCUCUGGUCGAUACUACCGUGUUUUAGCGCCUCCACCCAGUCACUUGGCCACAGGCAGCCUCGGACUCGAAGGGCUGAGCGCGUCGCUAAGCCCGUCAGCAGGACGUCAGUGUGGCCUGGUCACGGGAUUACGGGACGCCCGACCGCCCACGCACCCAACCACGCGUGGGGCAACGCUGAUUCGAACUGGUCAAUUGGCCUCUGUCUUGGCCGCCGGUGUCCAGACGACGCGAGGCUGGGCUCCGCCUCUCUGUCUGACUCAACUGUGCGCCCACACACGAGCCUGCACCACCCAUCCACACACUUCGCCGCCCCACCACAAUCCGCCCACGUUCACGGCCCCGUCAACUGAGUCUGCGCACGGCCUAAUAGGGCGAGACGAGAGAAGAGCGAGACAGGCUUGUCUGGGCGGGGUGAGAAAACUAAUUAAGUCCAACCAAUGCCUGGCCAGGCAACUGGUAGCCUGGCUCGGCCGGUCAGCCAAUCAGAGGCGCAGGCAUAGUUUGUCCAUAUUUGAUUGGUGCGCAUGUCGUCGACAGACUGUGAGGCCGUGA